AAGUACAGUCGUGUUAUUAGGCGGCUUUUGGUGCCCACUACAGAUUCAGCCACAUCUGCCCUGUGUCUGGAGUUUAUUGAUUAGAGCUCCUUGAGGAGGCUGAAGUUAAAUUGUGCGUCUGGUUUGAUCUUUUGCAGAAUGACUGGAUACAGCGAACAGUGUCUCUUCUUCGUCCCUGUACCAGAUCUGAAGAAACUCUACAGUGUUUUUCUCUCAUUUCCCGGUUUUUCAUCUCAAGCAGACGAAGGAGAGCUGAGAAACAGACAGGUGAAGACCUGCAGGGAGCUUUUGCAUUUGCAUUCUGAUCUUAUUGCGUUCCCUGUGUUGGGCUCUUACGGUGGGAUCAGAGUUGUAAUGGCUAUAACAUUUUUCAAAAGUGGCAUCAUCCAGGCUUAUGCACACAGCCACAGUUUACAGAUCAGUUCUCCUCAGAGUAUUCUGCCGAACGUCCUGCAGAUGUGUCUGUCUUACUCCCUCACUGCACGACUGGCCCCGAACUGGAACAGAGCAGGAGAGUAUUUAAUUGCAGGAAAGGACUUCCUGUCUGAUGCGAGCAAACACAUUGCUGUUGUCAUGGAGCUGAGUGUGAAUGAGACCGAACUGUGUGUCAGUGUGGAGGCCAGUACGAUAAGACUUCCUCCUGUAACACUGAAAGACUUCGAUGUUCCAGCUCUUGCAAUGGAAAGAUUUCUGAAUAAGAGAGAGACAGUUCUCUACACCAAAACACCAAAUAACUGGUGCUACAUUCUCCCAAGCAUGAAGAAGGGCCAGGUCAUCAGUAUCAGUCGCACGCUGCCACCAGAGUGUCCUUUCCAGAGUUAUGCUGAGCUUCAGAAUCACUGGGACAGCAUGUACGGCUACUGUCUGCCUCCACUGAAUGAGGAUGAGGUGGUGUACUGCGGUGUGCAUUUUAAACCUCUUGGUGAAAAGCUUUUCACAUAUCCACUGUGUUGUAUUCGCAUUCAGCCAGUACAGCGUUUUCCCCGAGUGAACCUGCAGGGGGCGCUCAGAGCCUUUAUAUCAGAUGUCAGAAGCCUAAUAGAGAACGUCUGUGGCUUUACAGCCCAAAUGACCAGCAAACCCUGCUACCAUACUACCAAUCUCAGCAGACCUAGCUUACAGGUAUGAGGUUUUGAGGACUCUGGGGCCUUACCUGCAAACCUGACCUCCAGGAGCUCGAGCAGAAUUGUACUGACCCAGCUCCCUCUCAUCUUCCCUCCAGAGAGAGUGCCUCUUUCACAGUUAGCAUCUUCUCCAUGGCCCCUAAGUCAGCCUGUAGGUCUGAGCAACAUCAGGCAUCCAGCUAUAACCAGUGGACAUGGGGAUCCUCAAAUCCCCAACCCUAUUUUGCACUCAUCUCAUUACCACGGCACUGAGACAUGCCAGUUCCCAUCCUCCUCCUCUUCCUCGUCUGUCUCUGCUAACCAGCCUUUGCUUAGCAACACUCAGCCUGCUACACAGAGACCCAAACUGGUGCCGAUCUUCACAAACAAGUCACUGAGCCGUCAUAUCAACAUCACAAAGAUUCUGGCUGAGAAAAAUCAACAGAAACAAAAAGACACACCGUGUCCUUCGAGAGCAGCAGUUAAAAGACCCUCCUGUUCGCCUUUAUCUUCUGCGCCAUCACUUCCAAGAGUAUCUCUGCCAUUUUUCAAGGACCGUAAAACAGAUCACCGUGUCUGCACUACCACACCAGCACAACCCCUCUUUCAAACACAGCCUGCACCCGUGACUGAGGUCAAAACCAGGGGCGAAGUGUUUGAGUCACAUCCAAAGAAAGCCAAAGUCAACAUACAGGAAGUGGAUGUGGUGAAGUAUGCAAGAAGGAAUCAGCUGGCAAAGAUCAACGCAGUGACUCUGCAGGCCUGGCUAAAAGGUCGAGGGAUCACUGUGCGCUCAAAGGACAAGAAGGAGGACCUGAUGUCAAAGGUCAUCCAGUGCCUGAGUGAACCAUGA